AUGGGCAGCUGGGGAGAGGCUGCUGGGGAGCCAUGUGGCUACGUGGGGAACCUGUCAAGAGAUGUGACUGAAGCCCUCAUCCUCCAGCUCUUCAGCCAGAUUGGGCCAUGCAAGAACUGCAAAAUGAUCAUGGAUACAGCUGGGAAUGAUCCCUACUGCUUCGUGGAGUUCUACGAGCACCGGCAUGCGGCCGCAGCGCUGGCCGCCAUGAACGGCCGGAAGAUAAUGGGUAAGGAGGUGAAGGUCAACUGGGCAACCACCCCCAGCAGCCAGAAGAAAGAUACCAGCAACCAUUUCCAUGUUUUUGUUGGAGACCUGAGCCCAGAAAUCACCACUGAAGAUAUCAAAGCAGCUUUUGCCCCCUUUGGAAGGAUAUCAGAUGCCCGGGUGGUGAAGGACAUGGCGACGGGCAAAUCCAAAGGGUACGGCUUCGUGUCCUUCUUCAACAAAUGGGACGCAGAGAACGCCAUCCAGCAGAUGGGCGGGCAGUGGCUGGGAGGAAGGCAGAUCAGAACCAACUGGGCCACCAGGAAACCUCCAGCUCCAAAGAGCACCUUUGAAUCAACCACCAAACAACUCUCCUACGACGACGUGGUCAACCAGUCCAGCCCCAGCAACUGCACCGUGUACUGUGGUGGUGUCACCUCAGGGCUGACAGAGCAGCUCAUGCGCCAGACCUUCUCUCCUUUCGGGCAGAUCAUGGAAAUCAGAGUCUUCCCAGAUAAAGGUUACUCCUUUGUGAGGUUCAGCUCCCACGAGAGCGCCGCUCACGCCAUCGUCUCCGUCAACGGCACCAGCAUCGAGGGCCACGUGGUGAAGUGUUACUGGGGCAAGGAGACCCCCGACAUGGUCAGCCCAGUCCAGCAGAACCAGCUGGGGUACCCGCCGACCUACGGGCAGUGGGGGCAGUGGUACAGCAGUGCCCAGAUCGGGCAGUACGUCCCCAACGGCUGGCAGGUCCCUGCCUAUGGGGUGUAUGGACAGGCCUGGAACCAGCAGAGCUUCAGCCAGACACAGACCUCAGCACCCUGGAUGGGGCCCAACUACAACGUGCCCCCCCCUCCCCAGGGACAGAACGGGACGGUGCUGCCCCCCCAGCCCGGCUACCGAGUGGCCAACUUCGAGACCCCCUGA